AUGUCUUCCCCGGUAUGCGACGAAGAAGCAGCAGCUUCCACAACUGCUGAUGUCAGCAUGACGGGGGGCAAAAGAGGGGCCCACACAUGGGCUUGGCAGCUCCUCCUGCUGCUCUGCUCCCUGUCUGGGCUUAUUUACACUUCAGCAGCACAUAGCAGAAACAGUCAGCUCAUGAGAGAGAUCCAAAUCCUUGCUGCAAACCCCAGCGUUGCUCCCGCCCCCUCUCCCGGCGACCUGAGCAGUGCCUACCCAUUCAUGCCUGCUCUUUUUGUCUUUGGUGACUCCUUUGUCGAUACAGGAAACCUGAACCUUUUCGUCAAGCAGGGCACCCCCUUUCCAUACGGUCACGGCCCCCGCACCAACUACGUCAUAGGUGGCCGCUUCUCAAACGGCCUGAUCUUGUCCGACUACUUGUCCCAAAUGCUGGGCCUGUCAGCUCUUUCCACGCCUUUCUUCGAGCCGAACGCGACCUGGUACUACGGAUGUAACUUCGCUUUCUCCGGGAGCGGUGCGAUACGGAGCACCAAUCCGGGACCCUUGCCGGACCAGACCACGGCGUUCAAAAACUUCGUGAGCGACGCGACGCUCUACUGGCGGAACGUCCAACAGUCUGGCUUCCCUGCGGAGCUUUCCGUUUUGCCCCGGUACCCAAAACCGGAAUCGUUCGCGGGCGGUUUGUACCUGGUUGUGAUCGGGGCAAAUGACGUGGUUCCCAUCCAAAAGAACACAAUUACUGUGAGCGACGUGGCAGCGUCUCUGCAGUCCACGCUUCAGACCAUCUACAGUCUUGGCGGCCGCAACUUUGUCGUGGCCAGCCCCAUCGACUUUGGGUGCAUCCCGUACUCGAUCAACAGCACCAGAGGGUUUUGCGCCAACUUGGAAGAAGCCAUCUCGUCAGCGCUCGGGGAAGCCUACCGAUCUCUGUUGGCCUCUCUGCAAACGGAGCUACCGGGCGCCACGUUUCUGUACCUCGACUUGUACAAUUUGACACGGACCAACUCGUCGAACGCGCGGCCGCUGGGUGAGCUGCUCCGCGCUUUCGACGUGUUUUCGAACGGGCGACUCCGAUUGAAAAGACCAGAGAUCGCCACCGCCCUCGACGUCGUGCUUUCGAACGUCAGAUUCAUUUGGAAAAAACAGAAGUUGCCACCAUCUGAGGGCCCUUUGCGUUUAGCAAUUGCUGAGUUGCGGUGUUGA